CCCAUUCCCCCAAACAGAAACUUCCUUUUGACUCUCCAGGGGAUCAAGCCUCCUUGGUCCACACGGGCUCAGUGAAUUCUUCCAUCUUCUCACUCAACCUCUUUACUCUACUUCUUUACCCAGCAACAAAUACAUUGACUCAGAGAAUUUCUCUGAUUGGCUGAAUAUAGCAGGGGUCUCCCCCUGUUCUAGAAUAUGUUUUCUUCCUCUUUACCUCUGCCUGUUCCUUUAUCCCCGCACAGACCGAGACUUAUUUAGUUAUAGCACCAAAAGGCAAUGGUCCUCAGUGGGGUGUUAACCGUGGGUCUCCACAUCUUGAUGACUCUCCCGAGCCCUCAGGAAGCAGGGGCCAUCCAAGCUGACCACAUGGGCUCCUACGGACCAGCCUUCUACCAGUCUUACGGUGCCUCGGGUCAGUUCACCCAUGAAUUUGAUGGGGAGCAACUCUUCUCUGUGGACCUGAAGACAAAGGAGGCUGUGUGGCGCCUGCCUGAGUUUGGCAACUUUGCUCACUUUGACCCGCAGGGUGGGCUGGUCAGCAUCGCUCUGAUCAAAGCCCAUCUGGAUGCCUUGGUGGAACGCUCCAAUCGCACCAGAGCCACCAACGAGCCCUACUUGCCUACCCCACUACCAGACAGCACAGAGACCUUGGUCUGUGCCCUGGGCCUGGCCAUCGGCCUGAUGGGCUUCCUCAUGGGCACCAUCUUCAUCAUCAGCAGUACAUGCUUGUCCAGUGCCACCAGGUAACGGCCCUCUAAGAGAAGCAGACCGUGGGAUACACCCUAUGGAUUCCUUGCAAGCUUCUGACAGCCUUUGCAUGCUCAGGGCCACAGUCUACUACGUCCUACAUCUUCCCUGUACUGGCUUCUAAUGGGGCCAAACUUUGUCCUAUCUGUCCCGUCCUUUUUGGCACCAGUGCUCUUGGCAGGAAUCUGUGGGGCACCAACCACCUCCACUUCCUACCCCCGGCAUACACACACUUUCUUGACCUAUCCAAAGCUCUGACUGGCAGCAGUAAAUUCUUUAAUGAUGUUUGUAAUGUAUCUUUCCUACCGGGUCUUGGCCAGUUCUCCCAUGAUGUGAGGGAUGCACGGACCUGGGAAAGGGGAUUCCAAGUAAUGACCAUUGUGGGUGAUAAGCUGAUACUGGGUAUUGACCGUCAUCCUCAGGCCAGGCCAGCUGUGUUUGGCUCUAUUUCACUCAUCCGCUCAGGCCCUUUUUGUGUUACUUGUGAACAGACCAUUUUACACAGACUUCAUGAAAUUUGCCCCUUGAAUUCCAAUUCGACCUGAAAGGGAUGCAGAGUGUCCUGUUCAUUGUAACACCCUCAACCAACGACAACUCUGAAGGGCCCUAGGAAAGGAAAGUUUCACAGGGAUUCCACUCCUUUCCAGACUUAUUCUCUGUGAAGAGGCUAUUGGUGUCCAGCAGUGAUUUAUGAUGUCGUCUCCUUUUUCUACAUUCUCUAGAGUUCUGUGCAUAGCAAAGAGACCUCUAAGGCUUAGAUAAGACGGCUACUUCCCUCAACUAGGGGACAAUCACACGAGGUAGGAGAGGAGCAGAGUAGAUCUGUAGGGUGUCUGGUAAAAGGGACCUGUAAGAGAGAUCCACUUGAACUUUCUCUAAAGAUUGGCCUGAAAGGUUUUAAUUUACUGUGAGCAAAUUAAAAACAUACACAGACACACAAAGAGUUAAGUAACCAUACAAGGUAUUUUAUGCAAGGCACCAAAUUAGCGGUACCUAUCAGUGACUUUCCACACCAGAAUCAUUUGGGGGUCUUAAAAGUACAGACAUUAACCCAGACCUACUGAAUUAGAA